CGUACAUCAGAGGAGGUCGCGCACGCGGACGAGCAGCACUCCGCAGAAUGCCAGGACGAGACACCAUUUCUAUUUCCUCUGGCGAGUCAUCCUCGUCGGAGGAAGAGACUUCACCAGUCACCAACGGCGUGAAAAGCACCAUCAUCACCAACGGUAUCAAAGAUGAGCUAGAAGAGGAGACUCUUGACCUCGCCAAGGUCGGAAUGGAGUGCGGCUUGAAGCAUCUGUACUCUGGAAAAGAGGACAAGAAAGGCCGUUAUCAAUGGCAGGACGAGAUCCCCAAAGAUGUCGGCAAGCCUGUCGAGAAUGCCCAAACAGCCAAGUGGGCUCUUUUGGUGCGCAACGUCAAAGUCUACAACGAUCCACGAAAGGUCCUUGCCAUCCAUUCAAUCGUCGUCCAGAGCCCGCUUUUGAAGAAAUUGCUUGCACGCGUCCUGAAAGACUACCCUGGAGUCACCCCCGGUCUAGCUCGUCUAGAAUUCUCUGGGAAGUUUGAGCCAAUCAUCCAUCGUUGGACGGAACUGAAAGAUGCUAUCGACAAUCUCGGCGAUGAUACUGAGGAUGACCAGAAGACCAAGGAGCACGCCGACCUCUUCUACAACUUGCUUAAGACCGAAUUCAAGUCCUUGAUCGACACAUCUCAGGAUAUGAAGUUGAAAGGCGUCAUGACUUAUGAGCAUCUUUGGACACUGUUUCAGCCGGGUUCAACCGUCUAUGCCCGCCAGGACGGUCAAGAGACUGCCAUGAAGUUACAUGAGACCAAGUAUGGAGCCGAUCGGAAUGGCAAUCCCUGCUUCUGGUUGACCUGCAAAUACGUUGAUUGGGAUGGUGCUAAGUUUGGUUCCAACAAGCUGAACCUUUCGAUCCCGCUUUACUCUGGCACUCGGCACAUCAACCAACUUCCCGUAUAUCCUCUGGAGAACCACCACGAAAAGGACGCUCUCCGUACUCGUUUAAUCGAGCGAGGGGCCAAGGCCGAGACCCUCGCUGGAUCCCACUACAAGUCAUAUCAUGGAAUUGGAUGGAAGCGAGGGAAUUUCGGCACGAAGGACAAGUACAACAUCAAAAGCCGAAUCGUUAUCGACACCUACGGAUGGAACCGUUUCAAUCCAAGCUAUGCCAUUUUCGUCGCACCACUCAAUCAGAAGGACCCCGUAGGCGGCGCUAUCGGCGAUGGUAACGACGACGGAGAGGGGGAUGAGGAUGUCUACGAAGACGAUGCUGAUGACAGUGGCAUGCCGAUGGAUGGUCAAUUCGCCGAUGAAGAUGACUCAACGAAACGCCAGCCUCUUACCACCGAACAAAAGCUUAUUUGCACCCCUCUGAUUCGAGGCUACUCGUUGAAAACUAAGAUGUGGCUCAACUUCUUUAUCAACUGCGUUCAAGAAAUUGAGUGGCAGACGGGUGCCUUCGACAGCUUAGUCCUGCCAUCCAACCAGAAGGAACUGAUCCUAGGCUUCACUGAGUCGCAGCGCAAAUUCAAGGAAUCAUUCGACGAUGUCAUCGAAGGCAAGGGCAAGGGUAUCAUUCUACUACUCUGCGGACCUCCUGGUGUUGGAAAGACGCUCACCGCGGAGUCUGUCGCCGAAGAGAUGAAGGUUCCACUGUACAUGAUGAGCGCUGGUGAUCUAGGCCUCGAUCCCCGAAGCGUUGAGACCAAGCUGCAGAAUAUCCUGGAAAUGUGCACUAAAUGGAACGCCAUCCUCCUACUCGACGAGGCCGACGUUUUUCUCGAACAACGGUCCCUUCAUGAGUUGGAGCGAAACAAGCUUGUGUCAAUUUUCCUGCGCAUACUCGAGUAUUACGAGGGUAUCAUGUUCUUGACUACCAACCGUGUGCAGACAUUCGACCCGGCGUUUCAGUCUCGAAUCCACAUUUCCCUCGACUAUCCAGAGCUCUCCAUCGACUCUCGCAAGAUGGUGUGGAAGAACUUCCUUGGAGGCUCGCAGCAAAAGAAUACCGUCACAGACCGCCAACUUGAUCAGCUGUCGCUUAUGAACAUGAACGGCAGGCAGAUUAAGAAUGUAUUGAAAACCGCGCAGCUACUGGCUAGUCGGAAGGAUGCCUCUUUGAGCUACGAGCAUGUAAUGACUGUGCUUGACGUUACGCAGCAUCUUCACAAUAGUACGCAGGAGAAUGAGAGAACUCGGGCGAGCAUUUUCUGCUAGAUGUUCAUAGGCGGUUUAAGCAGAUUUAUCGUGUUCUGUGUUGGUUGAGGGACUUCUCUUCUCUCCCGACAAAUGAUAUUUGUGCAUAUAGACCCAUCGUCUUCUUUGGUGUGCUCUCUUUAGUGCUUCCUGGCCAUGAGUCUUCUAUUGGGUGUCUCAUAACGGAGCGGUGUCGGCUUCACGGCGCUCGGGUUUUCAGACAGUAGUAUACGAAUGAAUGAAUCAAUAUAUGAACAUAUAUA